GACAAAAUCAAAGCGAUUGUGUAAUAUGUGAAUAUCAGCCCAGACACAAUGGGGUUAGCUGACAUAAGAGUGUUAGACUGCUAGCUAGUAUUCCUCUUCGUCUAGUCCAGUCUACGACCAUUAAUUCAUCAACGAUUCAAAUCACACUACACAGCUCUUGCUAACCCCCCUCUUUAACCCCAAAUUGUAUCCGCAAACAUCAACAUUGAUCAAAAAUCAAUUACAAGUUGCGAAUUAGCUUCAUGAUUACAUUUCAAUUUCCAUGGAAAAUGAGAGAAGCAAGAAGCUAUGUAGUAAUCGCGAUACUGUUGAUAGCAUUAAUGGCGGAGCUUCCAUCAAUGGAAUCGGCUCACAAAGCCUUCAAGAGAGACCCUGGAAGCCCUCACUGGCACCAUGGCGCUUUCCAUGAUGUCAAGGAUAGCGUUCGAUCUGAUGUUCGUCGUAUGCUCCAUUCUCGUGCCGAGGUUCCAUUCCAAGUCCCACUCGAAGUGAACGUAGUCCUUGUUGGUUUCAAUGGUGAUGGAGGCUAUAGGUACUCACUGGAAUUGCACAAGUUGCAGGAGUUCCUAAAAGUCAGCUUUCCAACUCACCGACCCUCCUGCUUGGAGACUGGCGAGCCCCUGGAUAUUGAACAUCAUCUUGUCUACAAUGUCUUACCUGCUGGGCAAGCAGAACUAGUAUCUCUCGAGAAGGUGUUAAAAGAGGCUAUGGUUCCUGCUGGAACAGCAAGAGAGACUGAAUUUGGGAAGGAAGUGCCGGCAUUUGAUGUGGAGGCUACAGCAGUGGAGCCUGUGUUUGAGAAGCUUUAUUCCUACAUAUUUGAUGUGGAUAGUGCGGGACAUACCACGCCAGAGAUUGACCGGCCAGUGCCAACUGCAAUAUUUGUUUUGAAUUUUGACAAGGUCAGAAUGGAUCCUAGAAAUCAAGAUAUUAAUCUUGAUGAUUUAGUAUAUAGUAGAGUUACACAACUUACGGAAGAUGAUAUGAAGAAGCAAGAAGGGGAUUACAUAUAUCGCUAUCGUUACAAUGGAGGAGGAGCAUCUCAAGUUUGGCUGAGCUCAAGCAGAUUUGCUGUUAUUGACUUGUCAGCAGGUCCUUGCACGUAUGGGAAGAUUGAAACUGAGGAAGGAAGCAUAGGUUCAAGAACGCUCCCACGCUUUAAAAAUGUGUUGUUUUCUAAAGGUCUAAGUGCUGCUGCUGAUCAUUCAACCCAUGAUGUAUUUGUUGGUCAACUUGGAGCACUUAUUUCAACCACAGUUGAGCAUGUUCUAGCUCCAGAUGUUAGGUUCGAAACUGCUGAUAUGACGAGAAGAUUGCUCAUACCAAUCAUUGUCCUACAGAAUCAUAAUCGAUACAGCAUCAUAGCAAAAGGCCAUAAUUACAGUAUUGAUGUUGAAGCAAUUAAAGCAGAGGUCAAGAAAAUGAUUCAUCAAGAUCAAGAAGUGGUUAUUGUUGUGGGUACAUAUCCAUUACAUCAGCAUGAGAAGUUGGCUGUUGCUGUCUCCAAAUCAAUGCGGGGCCAUUCCGUCCAUGAGACGAAAAAUGAUGGACGUUUUCAUGUCCAAACAAAAACAUAUGUUGAUGGUGCUAUUCUUAAAGAGGAGAUGGACAGAUCAGCUGAUGUACUUGCUGGCGGUAUACUAGAAGUGGCUGAUCCAUCUCUCACAAACAAAUUUUUCCUUCGCCAGAGUUUUAUGGACGAAUCAGAUGAUUCAAAAGAUAGCAUUUUAAAGCACAAACCUCUUUGGGCUACUUUUGGAAAACAAAAGAAAAAGAGAACUCUAAAGAAAGAGGGAAACUUUUACAGGACCUACGGGACCAGAGUCAUACCUAUUUUUGUGCUAUCACUCGCUGACGUUGAUCCUCACCUUACGAUGGAAGAUGAAAGCUUGGUUUGGACAAGUAAUGAUGUUGUUAUUGUACUUGAGCAUCAAAGUGCAGAUAUACCUCUAAGUUAUGUUUCUGAAACAGAAAGGAGGCAUGCUCUUCCAUCACAAGCACAGCGUCAUAUAUUAGCAGGCCUUGCUUCAGCUGUUGGUGGACUGAGUGCGCCAUUUGAAAGGGCUUCACAUGUACACGAAAGGCCAAUUUUGAAUUGGCUUUGGGCAGUUGGUUGUCAUCCAUUUGGACCAUUUUCGAAUUCUUCGAGAAUCAGUCAAAUGCUACAUGAUGUUGCACAAAGAAACACAAUAUAUGCUCGUGUUGAUUCUGCACUUCGGAGAAUCAGGGAUACAUCACAGACUGUUCAAGCCUUUGCUGGGGAAUACCUGAAGACUCCUCUUGGAGAACCAGUGAAGGGAAAAAUGAACAAGUCAACCACUGAACUUUGGUUGGAGAAAUUCUACAAAAAGACUACCCAUCUUCCCGAACCAUUCCCACAUGAAUUAGUUGAAAAUCUGGAGAAAUAUUUGGAUGGCCUUGAGGAACAGCUUGUCGACUUAUCAUCCCUGCUAUAUGACCACCGGUUACAGGAAGCGCAUUUUAAUAGUACAGAAAUAUUGCAGUCAUCGAUUUUCACACAGCAGUACGUUGAUAGUGUCCUGGCCAGCGAAAGGGAGAAGAUGAAAUGCUGCAAUAUUGAAUAUAAAACCCCUACACAAGCAUCUCAAACUUUUAUAUAUGGGGGAAUUCUUAUAGCUGGAUUUCUUGUAUAUUUUCUUGUCAUUUUCUUCUCGAAUCCCGUUCGCUAAUUGUAGUUUUAGUAGACUGUACUGAGCUUAUUUGUAAACACACCUAUUUCAAUCUGAAUACAGUUUGAAGAGGCCUCUUAUCAAGUUGAACACACAAAUUUUACAUCGUGCAA